CAAACUCCAACAACCCAACCCUUUUAUUUAACCCGGGAUUCCAAGUUCCAACAAAAAACGUUGCUAUUGAACUUUUAAUUCUUUCAGUUUCAAUCCAAGUUUCGAAAACCUUGUAAUUCCUACGCUAACCUCCACUGUUCAGAUAAUUACAAGUCUGGUUUUAUCUACGGGUCUCAAAUUUCUCGAAGCUUUGGCCCACUAGUUUCUAUAUGAUCAACAGUUCAAGACAAAAUUUUGCCUGUUUCGUGUUUCACUCUUUAUUUGAAUGGUCUGAUUCACAUGAAAUGUAAUCUGAAAUGAUUUUCUUCCCAAAUUUUAAUAAGUAAUUCCUGACCCCAAAAAAUCCACAGGCAAAAUUCUUUUAAUUGAGAUGCUAUACAUGUAGUAGCAUGUUUCAUGCUCGUGACAAAACUCUGCCUACAAACUACUGUACGUGAUUUUUCUCUUUUCUUUCUUUUCAGUACUUCAAGCCAAAUCAACAGAAAUUUUCAAGAUUUGAUCAUUAACUUUUACGAGAACUUUAAUAUUAGAUUAAACCUGAAUUGUCGGCGUGAGUGAUUUUGGCUGAGUUUGGCUGCGCCGCUCCGCACCUGCUCCAUUUCCAGUAGCAAAAGUAAAGGAAAUGAGAAGAAAACAAAGCAAAUCUAUGAUCAUAACCCCAUGUUGUACAAGAACUAGAGUUAGAUUCUGUUGAGGAAUGAGAGUAUAGCCGAAUUCAAAAGUAAAAAUGAAAUCCCAACACAGUGAUCCGAGUCUGGCCAACAGUUCACUAACAGAAGAUAUCUAACUUGUGCUUAUGACAUGUUCUUUCCACCAAAUCCAGCAAAAUCCAACUGCAACUUAUCUUCUUCUGUUUGGGGAGGUUGAGAAACGUGUCUGCAUUCAGGAGUUUGGUUUAAGAUAAUUUCAGGAUUGGCAGUUUGAUUAUAGCAAUAUCCACGUGGCAAGUAGAAAUUGAUUGUGUGUGGGCACAGGACUUGGCCCAAAUUUGCUCAAGCCAGUCGAGUGGAAGAUGGGCCCGGAAUGUUUUGUCCACGAAAUAUCAAAACAUUUAUACACGGCAGCUGUGCGGAUGGAUUAUUUUAUUGCAAGGUGGGGGUGGAGGUGAUGGUGAGUGCUGAUUUAUGCAUAGUUGCUCAUUAACUUUAUAUUAAAUGAGUGACAAGAAAGGGUGAAGCAAGUUGGGGGUUUUGUCAUAUUGCCUAACUUCCUCUUAUCUUUCGCCCUUUCUCUCUCAUAAUCAAUAGGUUGUAUCUUAAUCCUCUGAUUUUAAUUUUCCUGUAACUAGUAUUCUAAGUGCAUUAAAUCUGCACACAGCUCUGCCUGUUUCUUUUAAUCUUUUUGGCAUAAUAUACAAGCAGAAAAAAAAAAACAAAGCAGCAGGAAACAGAAAGUGAUCAUGGAGGGUUCUGUCUCUCCAAAAUUGGACUCAAAGGCUUCAUCAGAAGAAUCAGAACUCAAACCAUCUGAAAUUCAGGCAUCCAAAAGAAGGAAGGUGGUUGAGAAGACUGUUGUCACAGUGAAGAUAGGAGAAAAUGGUGUGAAGUUGAAGAAUGAAGGGCCGCCAUCUGAUUUAUGGUCCUGGAGGAAAUAUGGGCAAAAGCCUAUCAAAGGAUCUCCUUAUCCGAGGGGAUAUUACAGGUGCAGCACAUCAAAAGGUUGUUCAGCCAAAAAGCAAGUGGAAAGAUGCAGAACAGAUGCUUCAAUGCUCAUCAUCACUUACACCUCUAGUCAUAACCAUCCAGACCCUGAUCUCCACACCACCAACCUAACACAGUCGCCAAAAGAACCCCAAACCAACCAUUGUGAUGAUCAGCCUCCAGCUCCUAAAGAACAACAGCUGCUAGAAGUUUCGGAACAAGAGCCAGAAGAAGUACAAAACGAACCCAUCAAAACAAGCAGUACUGAUGAAGAUGCAAGCGAAGAGCAUUUUCACUAUCUACAAUCACCAUUAAGUUCUCCCCAAAAUAUUAUAAUUAACCAAGAAGAUCCUUUCGCCGGGAAUCUGGAGAAAACCCAUGACACACUGGGCUUUCUGUUGGAUGAAGAGCCACUGUCUUGCCCUCAUAUGACGACAUCAUCAACACCAAAAUCAGAAGAAAAUGAUUUCUUCGAUGAGCUUGAAGAACUGCCCAUAUCUUCAGCUUUAACAAGUUUCACAAGAAGCAAGUUUUUCGAUGAAGGGAUUCCUGUUUUCCCUUCUUGAUCAAGUACUUUUCAGUCUUGGAAAUAUGUAAUUAAGAUGUUGAUAUUGAAGUGAUUAUGGCUCCACUACUAGUGAUUCUAGUUUAGCAUCUUUUAGUUUUUUUCUUUACGUGUCUGAGGAUUCACAAAUUAAAUGAGAAAGUUGGAUCACUUUGGCAUGAAAA